CCAAAAGCGACCAUCGCGGGAGGCGGAAGAGGGGCGACGGAGGGAAGGUCUGCUUUGGGAAGACCCUCAAAAACGUCGACCCAAAGCCCACCUCUCCCUGAAAGAUAGACGAUGUUCAGGUGGGAUCCACGCUGACCAUUUAUAGCAGUUCGAAACUAGGCUAGGCAACAAGCGCCCACGACUGUGCGCAAAAGCAAGCCGUGAAUGCGCGUCAGUGUUCUGUGCCUCGGGGUCUCAAGCUGGUUCCAGGAUUUAUUCUGCAAUCAUUUCUGCCAUGUCGCUUUGAAACUGUACUAAACUGUAUACAGUGGAGAUGGGGGCCCAGGCUGUCCCUUUCGGAGCCAUCGCCCUUUUAAGGGGGAGCUUGAAACCGCGCCUGGGCUCCAUGUUUGUAUCAGAAACCGUGAAGAGGGAACUCCAUGUUGUAACAAAGUUUCCUUCGCCGCUGUCUUUUUUUUUCUUCCCCCCUCCCUUUUUUAUUUUGGUCCCCCCUCUCCCCCGCCCCGUUCUUCCUCCCCUUCCCCCCUUUGUUAGCCCCCCUCUCCCCCUCCCCCCGACCAUCAUUGCGACCCAAAUCUGCGAACUCUUGGGGGGAAAGGACCCCCCAAAGCAUCGGCGGCGCUGGGAGGAGGACUGGCGGAGAAGGACCCGGAGGAGGGGCGCCCCCGGGACUCCCGGGCUCAUGGACCCCGCCGCCAUCAUCACCCAGGUCAGGCAGGAGGAGCUGCUGCACUCGCCCCUGAGGGAGAAAGGAGCUCAACACCCAUCACCUUCUAAGAAGCCCAGGAAUCGCAGCAUCUUCCAGUCCCUGUUUUGUUGCCUUUGCCGUGACAACUCGGAGCCCAUCCCUGUCAACAACAAUGCCCCAUUGCUGGUGGAGGAAAAUGGGUCGGUGACCAAGGCUACUGUCAGAUACCUGCUGCCAGAAAUCAAGCCUCAGGAUGCCAACAAGAUCUGUGUGGUCAUUGACUUGGAUGAGACAUUGGUACAUAGUUCCUUUAAGCCAGUGAACAAUGCAGAUUUCAUCAUCCCUGUGGAGAUUGAUGGGGUCAUGCACCAGGUGUAUGUACUAAAGCGACCCCAUGUGGAUGAAUUCCUGCGGCGGAUGGGCGAGCUCUUUGAAUGUGUGCUCUUCACUGCUAGUCUAGCAAAGUAUGCCGAUCCUGUGGCUGACCUGCUGGACAAGUGGGGGGCUUUUCGGUACCGUCUCUUCCGCGAGUCUUGUGUCUUCCACCGUGGCAACUACGUCAAGGAUCUCAGCCGCCUUGGACGAGACCUGACACGGAUCAUCAUAGUGGACAAUUCCCCUGCUUCCUAUGUCUUCCACCCUGAUAAUGCUGUGCCUGUGGCUUCGUGGUUCGACAACAUGGCUGACAUGGAGCUUCUUGACCUGUUGCCAUUCUUUGAGAGACUGAGCAAAGUGGACGACGUGUAUACAGUGCUAAAGCAGCACCGGACUAGCAGCUAGUGACUGCAGGGAGAGGGGCUUUGGGCGGGGGCGGAGGGGUGCGUGCCCAUCUCCGCUGCUUUUUUCUUUGGAGCAGGGCAGCCUGUUCCCCCCCAGCCUACCCCCUUGGCAGCCUCGGCAAGCAGUGCAAGCACAGGAAACCCUGCAGGGGACAGCAGAGAGCACUUGUUUCAUGGGCCACCAGGACAAGGCUCCUCAAGGUCUAAGUGUGACCUUGAGGAAAAAUCCUCAGUGCAGUGUUUUAAUGGUUACCCCUUCCCCUUCCUAUUAUGGGCUGUGGGAGCCAAGACCUCGGCCCAGUUUCCCCCUUUGUAUCACGUGGGACCAAAAAAGUGGUCUUUCCCCCUCCAACCAAGGUGGACAUCAGAACUGUGCCUCACUCCCCGUUCCACAGGUUGGGGAUACUGCACACAGGUGCAGGAAAGGUACCCACUACAUCUUAUCAUUAUUCUCUUCUCCUUCUUGCUUCUUUAUAGGUGUUGUCCUAGACUUCUUGAAGGGGAGCUAUAGAGGGUUAUUGAUUGACUAGAUUAAGACCACAUAUCCAAGAGAACUUGGAGGCAGCAGAACUCAUUCAAGGACAUAGAGGAAGAGGAUUGAAUGUUUAGAGGGACUUAGCUGCACCUAUAAAGGAGACCUAUUUCUGCUUCAUAAAAAGGCUCACCUGAUGGUUUGGGCCUGAAGUUUGAGGGUUGUAUCUUCCUCAAACUGAAGCUUAAUUCGUAAAGCUGUCUACAGCUAUUAUAAAUCAGUUGUUUCUCUUGGGAUAUAUGCAGUGUAUUGUUCUUCCUUGAAAUAUUUCCUUUUAUAGAGGAAGUUUUCAUAACCAUUCCCAACUGGGAAUCCCAACUGGUGGGAGAUCUAGAAUUUUACCUAGUUUUCUGUCACUAGCAGAGCACAGGAGAUAUUCCAGCAGGAGAAGGGAGGCUGGUUCCAUUGUUUACCAAGAAGCAAGAUUGUCUGUUUGCCAGAUUGUGCUUGGAGGAUGCCUUCAGAAGUAGAAGAAUGGUCAGUCUAGUGGUUAAAACACUCUAGACAGAGACCUUAGACAGCUCAGUCUCAGCUUUCCAGCUAACUGGAGGCAAAGACCUAAGCUGGUUCUGUGAUUGGUUUAAGAAGGGACGGAUAGUUUGUGAUAUGAAACACUACUUAUGAGGAAGGAUAUGUUAGGGAUAAGGGAAUUAAGAUGGACCUGAGAUAGUUCUUGAGGUGGUUUGCAGCAGGCUUGAAAAUGGUUGAGAAGAAAGUCGGUACUGUUGGUAGUUCUAAUGAGGGAUGAUUGUAUCUAAUGCCGCACUGGGCAUCUUGUCACAGUCCAGAUAUUGUGUGACUGUUCUCAUGAAAAGCACAGUUAAUGUAGCUUUAUGCUGUCUUUGGCUCAUAGGAGUAUUGGAGGGCCAUAGAUUGACCACUCCAAAUCUAGAAUAACCAGCUUUGAUCUGGAAUAAAUUCUUAAAAGAGAAUUUAUUCUCUUUUAAUGAGACUGCCUUGUAGUACCCGCAGAUGUCACACUCUAAUUGUCCUUAUUGUACGCUUCCCCAUAUUUCAUGGCAGUCUUUAACUUCUUCUAUUACAGCCUCUCUCUGAGAUGUUUUCUUCAGUUUCCUUAACUCUGCCCUCCCGACAAGUGUGACCAGAAAUCAUGGGUGUCUGGGGCUGGACAGGAAGAGGGGUCUAGGGGGUGGUAGGAUUGGUUCUUCUGCUCAAGGAGGUUUUCCUGUUAUGCUGUUGUGCCUUCAAAACCCCACUAUCGUCCUGCUUGGAUUGGAUACAGAACCUGAAAAGCAACUGUUGCUUAAGGGAUGUAAUUAAAACUCUGGAUUUAUGGGAUAUGUGGGGAAAACGUGCCUUUUAAAGAGCUGGUCAAUCUCUUGGUGCCAUUGAUAGAGGGUGGAUGUUGUGUGGGUGGGUGGUGUUGAUGGAUGAGGACUAGCUUUGAAAAUAGUCCAGCUGCUUCAGGGUCCCAAAAUCAAGACGGCUGUUCAUUGGCUAACCAAGUUUCUUCCCCACCUCCCUCUUAAAAGAACCUUGAGUCAGUAUAGAUGUGUCUUGGUCUUCAGCCCAGUCCCUUCUAUAAACUAUGGAUGUUGCCUUGGAUUUCUCUCCAGUGCCACCUUGAACACCUUGCAUUUGCCUUACAAUGUGUCUUUGAUUUUUUAUAUAUACAAAGUCCUUGUGCCUUUUACUCUUGUUCUUGGCUGUUUAGUUAAAAGAAUGUGAUGCCACAGAUCUUUAGAGCCUUAGCCGAUGUCCGGUGGGAAUGUUUCAGGAAUGUGGCAGCCAUUGGCUCUCAGCAGAGGCUUGUUCAGUGGUUGGUGAACGAACGCAGAGCACAAAAAGGGCCACACUGAAUCUUGCCACAAGGGAUCAAUUGAGUUGGCCUUUAUGGCACAGAACAGUGUGACAUUUAAACCUUACUAAUUGACUGUUGCAAUGCAUCAGGAAUAGUUGAAGUACUUCAUGGCUGCCGGACUCGACAUAACCACGCAGGUCCAUUUAGAAUAAUAGUCUAUGUCUCUUACUAUGGAUUGAAAUCUCUUUUAUGGGGAUUACAUUCUCUCACAGCUACUGCUGGAUCUAUCCUUAAUGACUGUAUAGUGCCUAGUUUUUAAAAUAUAUCAAGAUCCUUUGAUAAUGAGAACUGCAGGUGACUCGUGAUUCUUUUUAAACGAUUGUUUUAAAAAUAUUUAAAUACUGUGUUUUUAAAAAUACUUUUCGAUGGAACAGUAAAACCAACAUUGCCCCCCUCCCUUUUUUAAAAUCUCCAGAAUUCCUCUCAAUUUCAAAUUCCAAGCAUUGCUGAGGGAGAAAGAGGGAAAAUAAUGGAAAAGUCACCAAGAGAGAAAGUAAAAAGGUUUUUAGAAAACUUCUUCCAUUUUUUUAAUCUUUCCUGGCAUAUCUAGGGCAUUUGUUGCUAGAUAGAUAUAUGGAAAAAUCCAUAGUCAUUCUUAGGAAUUGAGUCUUUGCAAAUUUCUCUGAAAUUUUCAGAUUUGCACCUUCUGGACUGAUGUGUAGAACCACAGCAUAGCUCGCCAAUGAAUUUUUCAUUUCUCUGAAUGUUGUGACAUAUUUCUUAACAGUUUAAUCAUAUCAAAAUAUACAUUUAAAUAUGUAUUUUCAAAUAGCUUUAAAAAUCACUGUCAAGCAGAUAUGGAUUACAAGUAAGGAUAAAAAUAUGUUAAAACAACAUAGAGUGUAAAUAGUCCCUUGGUCUCUUCAUAGUAUUUUUUUAAUCUAGUCAAUAUCAUUGACAAAUUCAAUCAAACUACAGAGUCUUUUGUGGCACCUUAAAAACUAACUUACUGUACAUGCUGUUGCUGCAGCACACUGAGCAACAAUUAUGGGGAUGGGCAAAUUUGUCAGCAGUCCUUUGCACAUUUAUCUGUUAGAAAGUUCUUUGGACUUAUCUCAGAGUAAAUGUACACUGGAUUAUUCUGAAUGUAUCUCUUGCAUUCUUUGGCCAAUUGUCUACCUUUCAACCAUCAGUAUCCACCCAGGCCAGGUGUGUGCCAUUUCAAAUACAUCAGCUCCUACCUGGUGCUCCAUAUGUUUUGUACCAAGGUGCAAGAGGUAACUGUUGGUUCCCUGCACAGAAUAUCCAAGGAUUGCUCCAUCCCGGCAGCACAGAGAAGCCCUUUCCAUAGACCCGUGGUUCUCAACCUGUGGGUCCCCAAGUGUUUUGGCCUAUAACUCUCAGAAAUCCCAGCCAGUUUACCAGCUGUUAGGAUUUCAGAGAGCUGAAAGCCAAAACAUCUGGGGACCCACAGGUUGAGAACCACUGGCAUAAAAGUUGCAAAUCAUAGGUAAUCCACUCUAGCUUCCAACCAACAAAUUGCUCUGUUUUUGAGAUUCCUCCAGACAAGCCUUCUGUUUGAGAGAGUUCUUUUAAAAAAUUUACAGAAUGCACAAAGAAGAUUUUCUAACUGGGUGUAUUUUAAAUAAAUGAUGUAUAAUGUGUAUAUAUUUUAAGUAAAAAAAAUGGGGUGGGAGGAACCAAUGGGAUGGGUGGACAAAGCUGUAUUUUUAACAAUGUUCCUGGGAGAUGGUUUACUAUUUUUUUGUGCGUGUGUGGCUGAUUUUCAUUAUUCCUGGUAUAAAAAAUGUGAUGGAAAUGAUUUUGCCUUUUGAGUUGACACCACCUUUGGAAGGUGGGCGUGUUUCCCUUUACCAAAUGACCGCUGUUUCCCCAAAACCCGUGAAUCAUACAUCCACUGAGGCAAAGGAAUUAAGUGUCCCAUGUGAUAUUCACUAGCCUUAGAUUAAAUAACUUAGUUUACCAAUGAUUGAAAAUUAGACACCAUGAAACAUUUUAAUUUUUCUGCAUCAGAUAAUGGGAUGCCAAGAGCUGCUCUUUCCUUUUCCUUCAUGUCUCAAUUUCACUAUUUCUGUCCACCCAUCCCUUCUCUCCCAUUUCCAAUUCUCAGUGGAUGUUUGGAGCAGCCCAGUUUGGUGUGUGCCAUCUGAAAUCCCACCUGAUUCACCAUAUAUUUUGUAUCAUACUUUUAUCAAAUCAAUCAAUUAAUCCAUCACUUUCUUUAUGCCCUACUCCCCCCCCCCCCCAAAGGCUGGGUCUCAGUCCUCAGGAGUAAUAUUUGCUAAGCAAAAGCAAGUCAAACCCAUCCUUAGAAGAGAGCCGUUCUCUCUCAGAGAGAGAUGGUUUUCCCAUCUUCAUCAAAAUACCCUUUCCCUUAUUUCAUUUUGUAAUAAAUCAUAGUGAGAUAAGGAGUGCAAAUUCAGUGCUGGCAACCAAAUCUGAAUUCUCUCACACAGUAUUGAAAAACUCAGCACUUUAUUGGAACGAUCCGUGCUGACAACAACCCUCUCAGUGCCAACUUGAAAGUGCUGUAAGUUUUCAACUAGACAUGCCAAUGAAAACGCAACUCAAUGCUUACAACAUUGCCUUUCUGCGUUUUGGGAAGGCAGAGGAAGGCAACACUUGAGAUUCUCCUGCCACAAGCCUCUUAUGAAGGUUACCAGCCUGUAAUGCCUCGUUUCUCCCCAGCAGUUGUAUAUGGAGAAGGAGUUGUUCCCCUCUGGUUUCUGUAUAAACUUUUGCUGUGUAUUUGUUGACCACACGCUGAUCUUUAACUGUGGAAGAGAGGGGAGGGGGGAUAAUCACAGAUUAAAAGUGCCUUCUCAUGUGAUUCAAACUGUAAAAAUAAUCUUUAAAGAAAAACAGUACAAACAGUA